UGUUGGCGUGGGUGGGUGAGGGUCUGGAACUGUAUCUCUGUGAAUCGAUUGUGCUGGCGUGGGUGGGUGAGACCGUGAGCCUGAGAGUGUGAGACGGUGAGGCAGUGGCGGUGGGUGAGGUGAAGAGGGUUGUGUCACUCAGUGCUGUGGCCUGUGGGUGAGGGUGAGUGAAGAAGUGAGACUGUGAGAGACAGAGAGAGUGUGGGCUAUGUGGCCUGUGGGUGGGCGGUUUGUCAAUUUCAUUGUGAGAUUGAGAUUUGAGAAGAAGCACGUGGUCACAGAGUCAGAAUGUGAGAUUGAGAAGCAUGUAGUCAUUGUGGUGAAAGAGUGAGUGAGAGAGACAGAGUGAGGUUUUGGAUUCCAAUUUUGAAUCUGAUGAUGGAUUCCACCCUCUGAUGCUUUGCGUUUUUUUAAGCUAUGAUCCUCAUGAAAGAUUUUUCAUACACUUGGAUGCAACAUUCAUAGCCCAGUGGCAUUUUUUAGCAAGGAAUUGCCAGCUAGUUGCGACGUGUUAUAAGAUUCAAUUUUAUCCGAUCCAAAUCUCCUAACUGAUCCAAACAUAUCCAAUGUUGCCCAGGCUCCACAAAAUUUCUGGAUCCGCCACUGCCUACGACAACAUCAACAUGCAUGGCAUCACAAACACCACUCUUGCAUUGUUGAACUCGUGCAAAAACACCUCUGAUAUUUGUCAACUUCAUGCUCGCAUGGUUAAGACCGCUCUCACCAACGUUCCUUUCACUCUCAGCAAGCUUCUCUAUGCUUCCAUUCUCGACAUGGACUAUGCAGCUUCCAUUUUCAGCCACAUUCAAACCCCCAAUCUUUUCAUGUUCAACACAAUGCUCAGAGGCUAUUCAAUCAGUCAUUACCCCAAUAAAGCUUUGCCCAUUUUCAAUCAACUCAGGAAUCAGAGGAGUGAGCUUGACCGGUUCUCUUUCGUUGCGGUUCUCAAAGCAUGUGGUCGAGGUUCUCAUGUUAGUUUUGGCCAAGGGGUCCAUGGGAUUGCAGUGAGGUCUGGGAAUGGGAUGUUUGUUGAUGUUAAGAAUACCCUUUUGCGUUUUUAUUGUGUUUGGAGAAGAAUUGAAGAUGCACAUAAGCUGUUUGAUGAGUUUCCUGAAGGAAAUGACUUAGUCUCUUGGAACACUUUGAUGGGUGGGUGUCUUGUUGUUUCUCAGCCUAAUUUGGUUUUUGAUUUGUUUAGGAAGAUGUGUUGGAGUGGGCUUAGAGCUAGUGCUGCCACCGUCGUGAUCCUUUUGCCAGCAGCCGGUGAUAGAGGGGACUUUGUUGUUGGGAAGUCCCUCCAUGGUUACUGUAUCCAAAUUGGACUUAGUUCUCAUUUGAAUGUUCUUACUGCAUUGAUAGAUAUGUAUGCGAAAAUUGGUCGUGUGCAUUGGGGGCGUAAGAUUUUCGAUGGUCUUGUUGAAAAGGAUGUUGUCUUAUGGAAUUGUUUAAUAGGAAAUUAUGCAAGGAAUGGUUUGGUAGGAGAAGCGGUGUAUUUAUUACAGCAAAUGAGAAUUCAAGGAAUGAAAACUAAUUCUUCUACCUUUGUGGGGCUGCUUUCAGCUUGCCCUGCAUCCGAAUCUAUACAUCUAGUUCGUCACGUUACUAGUUUUAUUGAAGAGGAGAAACUACAACUGGAUGCAGUUCUGGGAACAGCUCUUGUUGAUAUGUGUGCUAAAUGUGGCUUUCUAGAUGAGGCUAUGGGCAUAUUUGAGAGGAUGGAAGAUAAAGAUGUGAAAUCUUGGACAGCCAUGAUUUCAGGUCAUGGAGUUCAUGGCCAGCCAACUAAGGCCAUUAGGCUUUUCAAUAGGAUGGAGAACGAGGGGUUUAAACCAAAUGGAGUCACCUUUUUGGCAAUUCUGACUGCUUGUAGUCAUGGAGGACUUGUAAUUGAGGGGAUGUAUAUUUUUAAGCACAUGGUUCAGGAAUUUGGCUUUUCGCCACAUAUUGAGCAUUAUGGAUGUCUUAUUGAUCUCUUGGGUCGAGCAGGGAUGCUACAUGAAGCAUAUAAACUAAUCAAGAGCUUGCCAAUUAAGGGUGAUGCUACUGCAUGGCGUACACUGCUUUCUGCUUGCCGAGUCUAUGGAGAUGUUAAAUUGGCGGAGUAUGUAAAAGAUGUCAUAAACAACAUUUAUGCAGCGCAUCCUACAGAUUCCCUCCUCAUUUCUAGCACUUAUGCAGCUGCUGGAAGAAUCUCAGAUCUUAUACCAAUGCAAGAAAUAAAACAAACAAAUGUUGUAGUAGAAAAUUAUGGGUUACAUGAAAAAAAGGGAGGAAGUACAGUAAAGGAAGCUGGACUCAGCUGGGUUGUAAUUGAUAAUUAGGGAUGAGAAUACUACAGGUUCACCAACAAGCAUUAACUCUAUUACACAAAAUGGUGGCCUCUAUUGUGCACGAAAACUGCAAAUGCAAGGUCUGGUUAACUGUAGGUUGACUUGUAUUAGUCCUUUGUUCAAUUGCUUUUUCUCCCACCUUGCAUCUUCCCCUGAUUACCAUCCUCAUUCGUCCCGAUGUAGCAGCUCUCUCUCCCCCACCUUGCAUCUUCCCCUGAUUACCAUCCUCAUUCGUCCCCCCUACUUCACCGAGACUCCGCUGUACCUAUUGCUCCAGCUCACUCUGCACCGAUGUAGGAGGUUCGACGUCCCACCGGCCAGCUGUUGCCGUGCUGUUGCAUCGAAGGCCGAUCCGUAGGUACCUUCAAGCCACCAAAACCAGCUGGAAGUUCUUCUUUACUGAUCCCUCUACCCAGAGUCCGUUUGUUUGGGGUCGGUAAGAGAGCAACAUUGGUGUCAAGUUCUGGUGGAGAUGCGGUUCAAGGUUUCUGCGAUGGCUUCGGCUGGGGUUGAUUUUGAGUUUGUUGGUAUCUCUUAUCUAUUACGGCUUACAGCACUAUCUAUCAUUGGCUGGCUCACUUGUAUUGAUCCCAUUAGUCAUGGUACCGGUCAUGGGUGGAACUGAUGGAAGCCAAGAAGAAGUUGCAGACACAGAACAAGCUGAAAAUUGGUUCUCUUUGGCUUCUGCACAACGAAUAUGUGUGCGCUAAACACAAGUUCAGAUGAUCUUCCAUUAUGGGGUAUGCCUAUUAAUGCCUCAUUCAUUCUGGAAUACAAAAUCACACAAGUUCAGAUGCUAUUGGAAAAGAUACUUAAAAGAGUUUGAAUUGCUUCCAAAUGGCCCAGAUGAAGGGGGUUGGGUUUUCACUCUUUGAAUGGUAGUUCAUUACUUCAUUAUCAGACACAAUCUUAAUUCAUCAGAUACAUCACUCUGAGGAUCUUUUUAGGCGUAUAAAAUAACGUUGGGAAUCUAAAUAUAAACUAUCUGCAUUUUGAAAUACAAUUAUGUCAAAAACCAAUGUUAGUAGUUGAAAACGUACAUUAACUGUUUACAGAUCUCUGCUUUGACAUUUUUUGCAACCAAAUGUGGAUUUGCUGUUCUCUGAACACAUUAAACCUUGGCUCUUAUUCUGUUAGGUUGGGUGUAUUCUUAGUUUCCAUAUUAAAUCCUUCUACUUUUAAUCUAAUAAUAAGUUUGUGAUGGUGAUUUUGACCAAGCAUGUGUAUCUUUUACUGGGAAUAUACAGUUGUUGUUGCUAGAGGGGGAAUGGAGACCCUCAGACCUGCUUGGCAGCGUGUGUAUAUGACCAGAGCUUCUGCAUAAAGAGAUUCUCUUAAAAGUUUUAUAGAAGGGUACCAAGAGGGUGUUCAGCGAGUAAUGGAGAAGAAAGAAGAUUCCAAAACUCAAGGACAUGUCAGUAUACCAAAAAGAGUCAACUUGAACUUGCUUGUAGGAGGCAGUGUCAUACCUUCCAUUUAGACUCAAGCAUGCAACUUUGCAAAAAUUAGUGUCAAUCCCCUAGAAUUAAAGGGUGUUAAUGUACAUUUCACUGAACAGAUAUAGUCGAAUAUUCCAAAAUGGUGUACUUGGGCUACUAAGCAUCUAAUGGUAGUACUGAAUUUUGUUUGUGCAA